AUGCCGCAAGAUGAGCUCAAGGCCGAGUCGUUAAGGCAUGGCAGCUUACGAUAUGUGCUGGAGGUGGCGCCGUCGAUGCUGCGGGAGAGCGAUGUGGUCAGUGAUAUCCUCAUCGAGCGCAUUCGGUCACAGGAGGACUCGGAAGAAGCCGUCAACGCGAUCCUUCGUCUCAUGAGUCUGCAUCUGCAAUCCAACGCCCACAUCACCGAGCAACUGGUCGAGCUGCUCUUCACAUCCGACUACCGUCUCUGCAUCAUUCACCAUCUUCCCAAGUUGACGUACCAGUCCAAGGAGUGCACAGCGCUGGUCCUCCAUGCAUACCGCGACCUGUUGGAAUCGGACAGCGCGCUUGUAGUGCCCAUCAUGGGUUCCUUAGCAGACAUGCCGCUCACUCCCGAUCAGCAGAAUUCCGUCGUGGACAUGACCCAUACUUUGAUGCCAAGCAUCGACGAAACCGACAUCCCAGUGGUCGUCCGAGGCAUGCUCGCCAUGCUGACAUCGUCCAACGGCGACGCUCUCAUCGGAAGCAUCCGCGCACAGUGCCACCAACUGUCGACGCACACGCUCCAUCUUGUCGUCGAGGUUAUGGGUCCGUUCCUUCGCCAAGGCUCCAUCUCCCUCAAGUUUAUCCUUCGCGCCAUUCGAAGUGCCGACACCCUCACCGCCAUCGACGGCAUUUGGCUCGUCCUUUUGCACGCCCAGGACCCAACGACAGCGUGGACCACACUGACGCGCAUCAGCCGCAAGUGCACGGCCGUGUGGCUGACCGCGACCGCCGACUUGGCGCUGCAGGCGUCGCACACGCUCGUGCAUCCGUUCAUGCAGCUGUGCAUGCUGGUGGUCCAGUGCGGGUUCGACAAGUCCACCGCCGCCGGCCUCCGCGCCCGCCUCGUGCAGUCGGGCGUGCGCGCCAUCGCUUACGUCAUGCAGCACACGCGGUCGUCGCUCCAGCACGACGUGCUCGUGUGCCUGCUCACGCUCACGAGCCACAGCCAUAAGCUGGCCGCGUCCUCGAAACAGCAGGCGCUGCGGUGGCACGUUCCGCGCGCGGCCGCCAUCUGCAUCGCCGACGGCGUGACGUCCCUUCCGCCGUCCUCUGGCCAUGUGAUUCUAGAUACGAUCUACACGCUCAGUGCCACGACGGACGUCGCCGGUCUGUCGUGCCUCCACGUCAUAGACACGCUCUGCUUUGCGCUGGUUCAACUCGUGGCGCGCGAUCCAACGGCGCUGUACGCGCUAGUGCUGCUGACCAUCCAAAAGCACAUCUUGGCGACGUCAUCUGCGUCCAUGUUUCAGGUCACGGCCAUGCUACUGGCGUCGCAUCUGUCGUACGCCAAGCAGCUGCAGCCGUUGGACGACCGAGCCAUCACCACGUGGAUGCAUCGGCUGCUCCACACCGCCCCGUUGCAGGUGGUGCCGUUCAUUUGUGCGUACUUGAGCGUAUUGCACCAUCGCGAGCAGCUCGACGACGACGAGAACGCCCACGUUGUGACUUCUGGUGUCCGACGUCCGAGCGGCCUAUCGCUGGUCGUGCCCGCCCUCGUGCGUCGCGGCGUCGUCGUCGUCGUGGGCUCUUCUUCUUUCAUCCAAAUCGAUCGGUUCGCGGGUUUGCAUGCUUCCGACAGCGGCGACGUCCCGAUGGACGCGCUGCAUGCUCUGCAUGACAUGGUACACUGUCUCGUCGUGCACGUGUUGCACGCCAACAAGGACGACGGCGUGGCUGCGUUGCAAAGUCUGUUGGUCUCAAACGAUGACGACAACAAGAGCGUCGGCACGCGGCAGUGCCACGUCAUCAUGGCCAUUGGCGUGUGCAAUGGCGUACACCAUCACAUGAUGACAAUCUCAUCUUCCCAAGCCCUGGGAGAGGUCGUGGCGGCGCAGUUUCAAGCGGCGUACGAUCUGGCCAUGUCCAUGGACACGAUGGAGAUGCUGGUGAUGCUCCGUCGGGACCUGGUGCUCGAGCUCACGCAUGCGCUGCCAGCCCCGGCGCUGCACGUGCUGUACCUGAUGCUGCACCCCCCCCCUUCCCCCCCCUCUUCCCCUUCAUCUCACUGGCAACUCUAUGGCACACAUACCAGUCUCGACGACAUGACUGUGUAUACGCCGCAUGUAUCGUACUGGACGGAGCUUGUGAUCGAGUAUGGCCACCACGCCCGCCAGCCCGCCAACGCCGAGACCUUGGUCCAGUUGUAUGCGAUACUGCGGCUGCUGGUCGAGUACCCGUGUCACACAUUCGUCACCCCAGCAGGUUGCAAUGAUGCCAGUCCAACUCGAACUGGUUUGUUUGAUUUGCUGUAUGACCAAGCGACGGAGCAGCUUCAGGAUGCGCAGGCGAUCGUGGGGCUGCUGGAUCUGACGGCGGCGGUCGCGGGUGACUCGGCCGUGCUCCGCCACCGCACCGCCCGCCUCGCGCAGUCCGUGGCGUGCCAUGUCUUUCCGGAUGCGGCGCUGGAGCUGGCCACGUGGAAGCCAUAUAUUGGCCGGCCAAUCGCCGCCACCCAAGUCUCGACCAAUCACAACAGCAGCCGUCGUCGUCGGCACUGUGGCGCGUUGGAGCUGCUGCAGCCGGCGGUGGUUCCACUCACGAGUCACACGUAUUAUGUCCACCAUGCCCUUGUCACGGCCUAUGUGUUGCACCCGAGCCCGAGCGUGUAUCUAAAGGAAAUCCUCGACGCGCUGACCGAUAUGACGACGACGACUGACGGCGGCUGCCACGUCACGUACCGCAGCCUCACACGACACACGUUUCGGCUCUGGUUUGCCGCGUUCUGGCAGUGCCUUUUGCAUCACAUCCCCCAUAACGUGGUCGUGGCCAUCGGUUCGUCGUCGUCCAAUAAGCAGCAUCCGUUCGCAGAGGUCGUGGUCGGGUUUACGCUCGUGGCCGACAGCUUUGCGAUGGUCCCCGUGGCUCUCGACGUCGACGCGUCACUCGGUUCGAAAACAAACAUUGUGGGUAGGAUGGCGCUGAUGCUCAAGGCGUGCCAGGUCCUGUGCGAGCAGAUCGUGACAUGUGUGGACCGAUGUCUCAAGUGGCGGCAGCAGACGGCCGUCGAGGACGCGCGGGGCGACGUCCAGCGGUUGAGUCCGGUGCUGCUGAGUAUGGAGAUGGCGCUCAGUGGGAUGGAAACUGUGGUUGAGGACAUGCAAGAGAUGGCGCUGGUGCAGUGGAAGGCGGCGGCGAGGCCUGAAUUGACCAAGCUGCAAACGCUGGCCAAGGACAAGGGCGGCGGAAGGGCGCUGGUCUUGCCUCCUGGUCAGGUCAAGUUUAUUCCCCAAGUGCUUCGAUGGAUCCAGCGCGCGCGACUGUCCCUGGCCAAGACCCAAGAGCAGUAUUCGAUUCCCGUGGGGUCGGAUUUUGAAUUGGCCGAGUUGGUCCAAUGGCCUCGAGGGGGGUUUGACUGGGUGGGUCAUGCGAGUGGUCGAGAUGGAGAGGAGGAGGAUGCCGACCGAUGGCGGCGGAUGGACGACCAGUACGAAGAAGAAGAAGAAAAGGAACAAGACGAAAGAGAUGGUGGCCAUCUGGCAGAAGACGAACGAGAUGAUGGCCAUCUGGCAGAAGUCGAAAGAGAUGAUGGCCAUCUGGACGAUGAUACAUUUUACGCGUCGCUGGCCCGCACGACGACGGUCCAAGCGCUGCAAACUCCGCAAAAGCAAGGUCCCACCGACAUGCAAGACAACGACACGUGGGGAUUUCCAUCGAUUGUCGUCGACUUCAAAGCCACGAAAAGACAACGGCGCCAACCAUAUUAACCUAAUACUACCAGUUACUGUAG